AUGAUGAUGAGUAGUAGUAGUAACUGGGGAUGGCCUAAACCGGGACAGACGAGCGACAUUAGACCGCAACCACCGGGCGGUGGCUUGCAACCACCGUUGUUCUCAGCAGCAUCAUCAGGAUUCUCUCAUUUCCGGCAACAACUUCCCAGUGACAAUGCCUCUCGUGGUUACUUUUACCCACAACCUUAA